AUGGCGGAAAAAUACAUAAUCCCAUUGAUCGACAUGAAAGAUUUAGCAAUACCAGAAUGGUCGGAGAAGUUAAUGGCAGCUUGCGAGGAAUGGGGGUGUUUUAGGAUUAAAAAUCAUGGGAUAUCACCGGAAUUGAUGGCGGAGAUGAAGGUGGUUUCCGGUGAAUUGAUGGACCUACCGGUGGAGAUAAAGCUUAGAAACUCGAAUCCGGUGAGUGGAAAAGGUUACACUCCUACCCAUCAGGCUAGUCCUGUGUUUGAAGGAUUGGGUUGUUAUGAUAUGGCCUCAGAUGGUGCUCUUGAUGCCUUCUUUGAUCAACUCUAUGCAUCUCCAUACCAAAGGGAGGUUAUUACUAAGUAUUCAAAGGCCAUACAUGCCAUCUCCAUGCAGCUGGGGAAAGAGUUGGUUAGUGGAUUAGGAUUAGUUGAAAAUGAUCUUUUCAAUGGGUGGCCAUGCCAAUUGAGGAUAAACAAAUACAACUACUCGUCGGAAUAUGUGGGGUUUACGGGCGCUAUCCUCCACACAGACCCGGGCUUCCUAACUGUUCUACAAGAUGAUGAAUUGAUUGGCGGGCUAGAGGCAGUGCACAAGGAAACCGGUGAAUAUAUCCCGGUUCAUCCCAUGGAAGGAACCCUAGUAGUCAACCUGGGUGAUCUUGCACAAAUUUGGAGCAAUGGAAGAUUAUGGAGUGUAAAGCAUAGAGUGCAAUGUUACCAAGGAAAUGUUCGAUUAUCGAUGGCUUGCUUUGUGUUAGGGCCAAAGCUUGGAGCUUUAGAGGCACCGUCUCAACUGGUGGAUUCGGAUCAUCCACGUCUCUUUAAAGCCAUGAAUUUUGAAGAUUAUAGAAUGCUUCGUAUAACCACCAGGUCCCCCACUGGUGCCAUUGAACUACUUCGUGUUGAAUCUUAA